AUGCUACGGUGGGGAAGAGGUGCACGACCUGCCGCGAAACUCCGGUGGCUGGUACAAUGUCGCCGGCUGGUUGUGCUGGACUCGUCAAGAUUUCAGCAAAUCAUCUCCAACGAGGGCUGUGCUUUAAGAAACAGUGCGUAUGCCGGCGACCCUCUCGCCACAAUAAGCUUUGCCCGGCGUGGGUUGAGCUUGGAAACUCUGGCACGACGACUGCUCGAACGACUCUAUGACAACCACGCCACUCAAGAUGCCGAAUACGAUGGUGAUGGACAGCGAAACCUUGGCCAGGCCAAGUUUGAUUGGAUUUUCAUGGGCAGACGGGUGGAGCUGAAGACUUCUCAGCUUUGCUUUGACAAGGGUUUGAACUCUUGGAAAGUUGUCUUUUACAAAGUGAAGCUUGCCCGUGAUGGAUGUCGUGCGGAGCAGCCGUUUGAUGAUCUGUAUCUCCUGAUUUAUGCACCUGAUGGGUUCUUUCUGGUCAAGCAUGACCUGAAAACCGGAGUCACAAAGACCGGCUCAAGAACUGCAACCCUCGGCCACAAUAUUAAAGUGACCUCCAAGCGUGGGCAAAUCUGCUGGAAAGAGGCUUUGCACAUCAUUCUCGACAAACUGACGUUGCGAGGUGGCUGCGUUGUUGUGUCUUACGUCCCGAAGUCAGAUCCGCUUGUGCAGACGCUCUAUGCCGAGGUCCUGAACAAAGCCUACCAUGCCAAGUGCAAGUUUUACGAUGGUAUUCCUUUGUUCACGUUGAACUCUGUCAUCCGUGCCCACAGAAUCCAAGAAAUUGCUUAUCAGCUAGAUCAGCUUGAAAAUCCAGACAGUGUUUUCCGGAGUGCCAAGGGCGAGGUAACCCCAUAUGGAUACACACGAGGAGGCUCAAACGCUGCGGUCGACUGGAUACGUGAUAAAGUCAGAGUCGAGGUGAAAAGUUCAACGCUAUGCAUCCGAGCCAGGGACAACAGGUGGUUCUGUCGGUUCAGCGGCAUCAGAGAAGGGAGUAACGACGAUGGUACGAACCCCUACUUUGAUGAACUUUGGCUUGCAAUCUACCACCCCGGGGGUAUCGACUUCUUCAAGCACUGGAACUGGCGAGACACUCUAUCGACCUGUGGGCAAGCCACAUGUGCUUUAGGCAAGCUGCUGAUCGUCACUGCAGGGGCGCAGAGUGAUGGACCCAGCGAUGCUUUUAAAAGCAUAAAAGCCCAGCUCGAGUCCCGUGGAGCCGAGCAUUAUGUUGCUUUGCGAUGGACGUCCGAAUGCAGACAGGCCUAG